GCUUGGUUGUGUCUCCUUGCAUCAUGGAAAGAAUAUUUUCAGUGAAUUUUUGCUUCUGGCUUCUAGCUGUGCCACUGCUUACUGGAACGGAGACAGUUUAUGGAAGGAACAUCUGGAAUCAAGGAAAUCGCCUUUUUCGCUCAAAUGAAGAGUCAGAUACAAAAAACAAGAUGAUAGCCCUGCUGUUGCACAAAAAUGUGAUGCCCAUUGAAAACAGUGAGGUUAAUGCAGAUCUGGAGAUGGUUCAGAAAGUAGCAGAACUGGAAGAGCUGGAAUCUCUAAAAGAAGACCUUGAACUACAGAAGAACAUUGACACUAAUGCAAUAGGAAUGGAGGUAUCCUUCCCCAGCAAAAGAGCCUGUUUUUGGAAAUACUGUGUGUAAGGCAUGGUAAGAGAGACCAGUGAAACCAGCCCAGCCAGAAGAGUCAACUUAAUGAUGCCAUUUAACAAUAAUGUGCAGAUAAACAUAGAUGUGUAUUAUUAUCUUUAAAGAGCAACAACAGAACCUGGAACAAUACUCUUUAGUGCUGGACGUGUAUUGAAACAGAAUUUUGUAGCUUUCACUCAGGUCUUUAACAUAUUGAUUGCUCUGACUCUUAUUUCUGUAUUUGUUUGUUUCUGUUGUGUAUACUUUUGUGGCUUUCCCGUUGACAAAGAAAAUGAAAACAAAACCAAACAGAUGAGUGAAUUCUUUAAGAACAAGGUAACCAGAAAUAGUACAGCCGAACCCAGGUACUGAAAAGCUUAAUUAAAAGCUUCAAGACCUUUAAAGCUUUUCAGUAGACUUUAAUGAAAUUUAAAUGUGUUGAA